AUGUUACCGAAAAUUGUUUUCACCAGAGUUCGUCGUGCCCUCCGCACUGGAUUCAACAAUUUGACCAUGUUAAACCAGGUGGAUGGUUUUAACGGCUGUAUCUUUUUUUAUGUUGGAGAGUCAGCCAAAGUCAUUGACAACUUCUUACCUGACACGGCUUAUUUUUGCGCUUGGGCUUCCGCAAGACACUAG